AUGAGCUCAACCGUAAUACUUGGUUCUGGCAUUAUCGGCCUAUCAAUCGCAUAUUACCUAGCAGACCAUCAACCAGGCUCGACAAUCCACCUCGUUGACCCUUCACCAGAGCUGUUCGCCUCAGCUUCAGGCUAUGCAGGCGGCUUCCUCGCAAGAGACUGGUUUUCACCUGAUUCAGCCUCCCUCGGAGCGCUGAGCUUUGACGAGCACAGGACGCUCGCCGAAGAGCAUGGUGGCACAGAGAAAUGGGGAUGGUCCACGAGCACCACAUUCAGUCACGCAGCAGCACCUGUAAAGAAGGGCAAGAAAGAUGCUGGCUGGUUACAGGACGGCGGUAGCAGAGCAGAGGUCGUCGAAGCCGUCGAGAAUCCAAGUAAUGGGCCACCGUGGUUGAGGAGGGAGCAUGGCGAUGACGUGCAGAUCAUCGGGGAUCCAGAAACCACGGGCCAAGUGGAUCCCCUCCGCCUAUGCCACUUCCUUCUCGAAGAGUGCAAAUCUGCCGGCGUUCGCGUCCACCACCCGGCCACAGUCCUCUCCAUCCACACCGACCUCCGCGAUGAGCUCUCAUCAGUCAGGAUAGGAGAAACGACAUCCUCCACAGAGACAGACGUCCCUUGCACCCGCCUCGUCAUCGCAGCCGGCGCCUGGUCACCUCGCGUCUUCUCCCAGCUGUUUCCCGGCACAUCAUUGCAGGUGCCCAUCUCCAGCCUCGCGGGGUACUCGCUCGUCGUGAAGCCAAAGCCUAGCCCCUCAGAAUCGAGCCCUAGGAACGUCAAGGCUACGACAGCCUGCCACGCCAUAUUCAGCACCGACGGCGCCGGCUUUUCGCCGGAGCUAUUCUCGCGGGUCGGAGGCAACGUCUACGUUGCCGGCCUGAAUUCGCCAUCCACCCCUCUCCCAUCUCUACCAGGCCAAGAACCCAUCUCCGCCGAAGCCAUCGCCAAGCUCAAAAGCACGGCGGCGCGCAUCAUCACGAACAGCAACGACAGCGGAACGGAUCUGGAAGUCGUCCGAGAAGGUCUCUGUUUCCGCCCGGUGACGGACUCGGGCGCUCCCAUCCUGACCCGGAUCCCGGACGACCAGCUCGGGGGCGUUGCGACGCGCACCGGGGCCGAGGGCGGUGUAUUUCUCGCGGCGGGACAUGGGCCUUGGGGCAUCAGUCUGAGUCUCGGGACGGGAAAGGUGAUGGCGGAGCUUAUGCAAGGGCGAAAGCUGAGCGCCGAUAUAUCGAGGCUUGGCCUGACGUGA